AUGAAGACUUUCCUGCCUCUACUGUCGCUGGCAUCCGCCACACAGGCUCUCUACUUCUUCGUCGACGGCGCCUCGCCAAAAUGCUUUUUUGAGGAGUUGCCCAAGGAUACGCUUGUCGUCGGACACUACUCUGCUGAGGAGUACGACGACCGGGUUAAUGCUUGGCAGCAGCAUAAUGGGAUCUCAAUCUACAUUUCCGUGGAUGAAGUCUUCGACAACAACCACCGCAUCGUCUCCCAGCGCGGCUCCGCCUCGGGCCGCUUCACGUUCACAGCCCACGAGGCCGGCGACCACAAGAUUUGCUUCGUGCCCUCGUCUACUUCCGGCCGGUCCUCAUGGCUCUCGGCGCACAGCCCCAACGGCGGCAUCAAGAUGAAGCUCGACCUAGUUAUCGGCGAGACGGGCCAGAUUGAGAGCAGCGACAAGGACAAGUUGCAGGACAUUGCGUCGCGCGUCAAGGACCUAAACGCCAGAUUGCACGAUAUUCGCCGCGAGCAGGUUUUCCAGAGAGAGCGAGAAGCCGACUUCAGAGACCAGUCCGAAUCGACCAACGCCCGCGUUGUCCGCUGGAUCAUCAUCCAGCUCAUUGUCAUCGGAAUCACCUGCGCCUGGCAGCUGUCACAUCUCCGAUCCUUCUUCAUCAAGCAGAAGCUCACGUAG